AUAAUUACGAUAGUGAGAGUCACUGAGGUAUGGUACCUUGUCAGGUACUCAGCUUAGUACGCAUGUGCUUUGGUUUGAAGUAACGACUUAUCUUGCUUUACCUGUCAGGUGGAGCGCGAGUGUAGUUUCUCGAUUCGUGUCGUAUAAAGUUUAUAUUUAUUUGGAUGGAUUGUUCGGUUUAAAUUGUCAAAACCCGAGUGAAUUGUUUGUUUUCUAAAAAAAUUUAUGUAAAAUGGAUUAUUGAUAUAUUAUUGUUUGUAACCAGGAUUCAAGACAACUAACAAUGGCGUAUCGAAAUGGUUAUUCUGGAGACGAUCGUGAAUUAGACAGGGAUGCCAGGAUGAAUGACGGUGUAGGAAAACCAGUGCAUAUUAUUGAACAUUUGGCCACUUUUACGGUUACCAAAGAAACAGGCAUCAUGUACCCAGCUGAUGGAAUGAGGCGAUUGCUGCAGUUGGAAAAAACAAAUGGAAUUUGGUCACAAAAAAUGCAGUUAUGUUUAGAUAAUUCCUGGGUUCUUAUCAUGGAUUAUGAAACAGGGAGCGUAAUGGAGCGAUUUCCUGCAAAUUCGAUUCAAGAACCGAGCGCAUUCAUGAGUCAAGAUCCCAUGGAUAUGUAUAACAAUAUUUUAGUCUUCAUUGUUACAAACUCAAAUCAGUCACACCCUCCAGAGAUGCAUAUAUUUCAGUGCCAAAGUAUUUCAGCUCAAGAUUUGGUCGAAGAUUUGAAAGAGCUACGAAUGGGUAAAGCAUUGACAAGAAGUCGUAAAAGCAGUAUCCCUCCCCCGACUCAUAAACCUCCUCAAAGUGUUAUUAGUCCAUCUAGAGAUGUAACACGGGAUUAUCACGGAUCAGAUUCUGAACUUACCGCAAAUAAUGAUGAUUCGAGUUCAACAACUAGUGAAAAAUACGAGAGAGAUGUUACUAUCCUUAAUCACUGUUUCGAUGAUAUUGAAAAGUUUAUAGCGAGACUUCAACAUGCAGCUGCAGCUGCCAGAGAACUUGAACGUCGAAGAAAAACAAGGAAAAGUAAGAAAAGAGACAUGGGUGAUGGAAUGUUGACAAUGAGAACAAAGCCUCCACCAGAAAAAGAAUUUGUUGAUAUUUUCCAGAAAUUCAAACUUUCGUUCAACUUGUUAGCUAAAUUGAAAGCACAUAUCCAUGAUCCAAAUGCUCCAGAAUUGGUUCAUUUUCUCUUCACACCUCUAGCUUUGAUUGUUGAAGCUUCGCAUGAUACCUAUUUUGAUCAGCAUAUACCACACAACGUAAUUUCUCCUUUGCUAACGAGAGAAGCUGUUAACUUAUUAAUGAAUUGUGUUACAAGUAAAGAAACAGAAUUGUGGCAUUCACUGGGAAGCGCAUGGCUGAUACCAAGAGAUCAAUACAAGGGUAACGUAAUAGCCUAUCAUCCGGUUUUUAUGGAUGGAUGGUCACCAGAAUAUCCGGUCGUGGAUGAAACGGAGAUCAAAUCUUAUCAACAUGAUCAGUAUAGCGGAGAGUAUGGAGAUUAUCCCUCUUCAAGUCAAGAUGUGUACGAGAGAAGUAAUUCUCAUCAAAAAGAUAUAACAACAACACUAGGUGAAAGUACACGAAGUGACAUUUCGGUGGACUCAAUUGAGAGAAAUGGGGAAGAAAGGGGCUUUGGAAGGAACCAAGAAAGCUUUUUGGAAGACCUUCAAAAUAGAGGGGCAACCAUUGUCCAAGUUACAUAUCCACGAACAGCUAAUAACGAUAAAGAAUUAACUGUCGUUAGAGGAGAGUUUUUAGAGAUUUUAGACGACAGUAGAAAAUGGUGGAAAGCCAGAAAUAGUAGAGGACAAGUUGCUCACGUUCCACAUACAAUAGUCACUCCUUAUGUUUUCAAUAACCCCUUGUAUACCCAUAAUUACAGAAGGACUGAUUCUCCAGUAGAGAGAUUUUCCAGAGACCAUAGCACGCAAGAUCAUUCCCCUACAUCAAAAACUAAUACAGAUUGGAUUAGAAAUGAAAGGAUCGAUAGUCCAAUUGCUCCUCCUCCACCACCACCUCCCCCUCCUGCUCCCCUUCCCACUGCACCUGCUACACCUACUUCUAUAAAGAGAACACAAUCCAGGCAGUCAUUAAUGUCCACGAUGUCCAAUGACUUGCAAGAAGAAUUGACCAGUGUAUUAACUUUGGUUCGAGACAGAAAUAAACAAAGAUAUUUAGACAUCAAGCAAACUCCAGAAACAUAUAUCAACCAAAAAUCUAAUCCAUCUGAGGUGCAAGAUUGGUUAGAAGCUAAAGGUUUUAACGAAAAUAUUAGGAACAAAUUUAAAGGGGUCAAUGGUCAUCAUCUAUUCGAAGUUAAAAAAGCCGAACUUGAAAGAAUAUGUGGAAAAAAUGAAGGGAAACGUUUGUUCUCUCAGAUUAGUAUCCAAAAAUCCACAAGUGGAUAUCAAACAGUACGAACAACAGAGCUGCAAGCUAUUCUGGCAAAAGCAAGACAGAAGAUUGAAAACUCAAAGAAAGACACAUUUGAAGAAUUGUGAUUUUAUUUACUAUUGUUUACACUAAUUGUAGCUCCGUUAUUAAUUGUUGACUAUCGAGGUACAUUUGUCACAAUCUCCAAGAAAAAAUUAUACAUUCUCAACAAAUGAAUAGAUGCAUUCUAGAAAGAAAAUAUUACAACACACGCUUACCUUGCAACAUAAAUUGUAGUAAUAAGUUAUUUAUUUGGUAUAAACGAUUUGUUUAACUGCUCUGAAAUACAAGGCCAUUGACAAAUGUUCCAAGAUAUUGUAGAAGUAUAUAUAACAUAUCAAAUAUUAUAUCAACUUUAUACUCGCCAUUGAUCAGACUUAACAUGGGUUGUAUCUAUUUCACGUGGAAAAUAUAUUUAAAUUUGAUUAAAUACUGUUUUGAA